AUGUCUGACCCCAACCAGAGCGUCGUCGACCCCGCCGCCAACAUCAACGGCGCCGCCCUCGCAGAGGCACCCGCCAGCGAGAACCCCGGCAACACCGGCGACGAGGCCCUCAAGGUUUUUGCCGGCAACCUCGCUUUUGCCACCUCCGAGGAUGAGCUCAAGACGAUCUUUUCCGAAGCCGGCACCGUAACACAAGCAACGAUCAUCACGCGCGGCACCCGCUCGCUCGGGUACGGCUUCGUCACCUACUCGUCCGAGGCCGAGGCGCAGAAGGCGGUGCAGCUGCUCGACAAGCGCGAGGUCGGCGGCCGACAGAUCAGCGUCGAGAGCGCCAAGCCCCAGGCCCCGCACGUCGAGGGCGCGGCGAGGAAGAGCGCCAAGAAGAAGAGCGAGAAGAAGGCGCAGAGCAGCGGCGCCCGCGCCGCUCGACGACCUCGGGCGGACGACGGCGAAGAGGGCGGCGCCGACAACGACGAGGUCAAAAAGGAGGGCGCCGAUGCCAACGGUGACGGCACCGCCAAGACGUCCAAGAGCCAGAGGAAGAAGAAGGCGUCCAAGGCCAAGGCCGAGAGGGCCGAGGGCGAGGCCAACGGCGCUUCCGGCGAGUCGCAGCCCAAGGAGCCCAAGGCCAAGCGCCAGCCCCGCGGCGCCCCGACGGGCGAGCCGAGCCAGACGCUCGUCUUUGUCGCCAACCUGGCGUUUGAGACGACCGACGACACGCUCAAGGCGGCGUUUGAGCAGGACUACAAGAUCAAGUCGGCGCACGUCGUCAAGAGGAAGGGCGGCAACCGCAGCAAGGGCUUCGGCUUCGUCGACUUUGCCGACCACGCCGAGCAGCAGAGGGCCAUCGAGGCGGCCCAGGGCAAGGAGAUUGACGGCCGCACCAUCAGCCUCAAGGUGGCCGUCCAGGACGACCGGGACAGCAUCAAGCCCGAGGCCGAUGGUGACGCCGCCCCCGCCGUCAAGCAGGAGGCCAGCGCGACGGCCUAA